CAUGUGAUUCCUUAUGCCAAUGUCUCCACAAGACCCCAUUUGGAUAGCCCUUCAAGAAUCAUUUCUGUACCAAAUGGUACACCAAUGUCCUCUCUUUAGCUAUGUAUAUAUACACUCAUGGUUGAAGUCCCAACCAAGCUAGUCAAGUCCAAGCAUUCUCUAAGCAUAGAAUACUUUCUGUUCAAUUCCUCUGAAACCAUUCCCUUGUUUUUCACAUAAAAAAAGCAAGCAUCAUGGGUUUCAGUUUGCGUGGUGUUCAAAGGCGUGUGGAAGUCCCAAAGGGCUGUGUAGCAGUGUAUGUUGGAGAAAACGAAAACGAAAAGAAGCGCUUUGUGGUUCCCAUAUCAUACUUGAGCCAACCUUCAUUUCUUGAGUUGCUGAAUCAAGCUGAAGAAGAAUAUGGAUUUGAUCAUCCAAUGGGUGGCCUCACAAUUCCUUGCAGAGAAGAUGUCUUCCUAGAUGUUACUUCUCGCUUGCACAAGCGAUAAGAAGCCCAACACAGAUAUUAUAUGCUAGUUUCAAUGUUAAUCAACUAACUCAUUGUUAGAAAUGACAAAGUCUAACCAUGUAUACGUUUUCUUCUUUCCAUUUUGAUCCUCCCAGGAAACGGAAAGAUGUAUUGUACUCUAACAUAGAAUUCUAUGAAUUCAAGAGCAGCAGACGCUUUUUUUCUUCCUA